AUGCAAUCGUAUCACAAGCCGCCGUCGCAGGACGGCCCUGCCACGCCGCCGAUUGACCUCCCUGCGCUGCAGACUGCCGUCUGCCGCAACACCCCGGAGGCGCAACAGAUGCAAGCAUGCAUUGCCGUGCAGCUCCAGCAAGUGGAUACCACAAACCUGGUGAGUGUCCAUCGACACGUCAAUCGCAUUUUGCUUGAGGCGGCUGCCGCAGCUUUUCCGAAGCAGCCACCUGCUGACAAUCGUGUGAGUGCUCAGCCUGCCUUCCGAGUCACAGCAAGAUCUGUCUGGCAUAUGUAUCGCAACCUCAAGCAGCCUCGAGUUUGCACGCCGCGAGCAAUCUUCGAGAAGUGGAAGCUGGCUGCGGCUUUCGCCCGAGCCUCAAAGAUUCUUCGCAAGCAAAGCCAUUAUCUGAAGAAGCAGUUCUAUGAGUCUCAGGUGGACCAGGCUCGGACGGUUCUGUCUGGCCCAGAGCAAAUGCAGCGCAUCGUUGCGUACGGCAACGAAACUUUCGCUGCCAAGGACAUUGCGCAAGAACUACGCAAGCUCGGCGUCUCCAAGGCGGUGCCACGACACAUUGCACCAGCAGCUGUGUGGAAGCAGUGUUCACAGGACCUUGGUUGUAUCCUGAGCCAUGCCAUCUGUCACCACAUGCAACCAGGCACCACAGGUGAAUUGGAUGAAGACUGGAAGUCCAGCUACGUCGUAUGGAUCCCCAAACCAGGCAAGCCUCAAUUGGAUGUCACCUCCCUUCGGCCCAUCGGCCUCUCCAGUCCGGCUAGCAAAGCACUGGCAGGAAGCCUGCGACACCACCUGCUUCGCGGACUUGAACCCGCCCUACGCAUGACUCCUCAGUUUGCCUAUGCCAAGAGCAGGGGUACAGCGGAUGCUCUCCUUAGAGCCCACAUGCAUUUCGAGGCGGUCGCCCAGCUGGUGCAGGAUACCCAAUGCACCAGGAUGUCAUUACCAUCAUACAACAGCUCCACUACAGUACAGCAGGUGCUCACCCUCUUCGCCGACGACGUCUGGGGUGCCUGGGAGAUACGUAGUGCCCGAGACCUGGACCAAGCCAUCGCUGAUGUCUCCCUCGUUCUUGAAGCCCUUGAAACCUUGAGCAUGACAAUCAACUACAGUAAAACGGCAAUCCUGCUCAAAUUGGUGGGCAAGGACGCCCGACGCCUGAAGCAGAAACACACCUUCAUGAAGGCGGGCCAGCUUCACCUAAGGGUUAGCGUGCAUGGUCGUGAAUGCGGCAUUCCUAUCAAAGACCAGCAUGAGUACCUAGGCACCAUCGUGACCUACCGUCAUCGGCACCAGCGCAACAUGCAGCAUAGACUGAAAGCCUGCACCGUUAGGCAUGCCUGCCUGCCAGCUUUGCAAGCGGCAAUUCUGGAGGUGACAGCGAGGUGCGAGCACCUCUACCACCUGAUCAUGAUGCUAGGGCACGAUCCAGACUUUGCGCUCAACGAGGAGGCGGCGAUAUUCGCCAACUGUUGGCCGGAAGCUCCGGAGUUUCUCUUGAGUCCGUCAGCCUCUCUCAGUCCGGACCACCGCUCGCAGAAGCGCCCUCGUCCCAACCAGCAACCACACUGGCCAGGACGACAUCCAUCGAACUACCACGGACACCGAGGCCAACCAUUCGGCAGCAGCUCCUACGGACCUCAGCGACCCCCGCCUCAGCACGAUCCACUCCGGCUCUUAACUCGGGUUGUUCUCCAACAGGAGCAAACCAUCAGCCGGCUCAGACACGACAAGGCCUUCGUCUUGUUCAUGAAGCAGGGGGAGGACGGCACACUAGGAGCCUUGAUGAGCGUGGCCAAGGAAUGGAACAACAAGAAGUCCCAGGAGAACUCGACCAUCCGCUCACCGUUGCGCACAGUCCUCUUAUCGAGCAUGAUCGGGGCACUUCUCAAACUGGCUCAACAGGCCGUGGCCACCGAGGACAACAAGCAGAAGAUGGUGACCGCGGAGUGGCUCACGGCCAACUCCGAGUGGACUUACCGGGUAUGGAACCAUGCCGAGCGGAGACUGGUGGUCGACACCAACAAGACUCCCCUCCAGCAUGCGGAGGCCACCCGCAUCCUGACCUUCCUGUUCGAGCAUCUCACCGGGGAAGCGAUCCAGCGAUUCAACUCCACUGUGACUCUGCCCAAGCUGGAACAACAGGGGGCCAACAUCGCGACUUUCGCUCUCGAAGUGUCCCUCAGCGGCAAGGAAGCUGCGGAACUGUAUCACAGUUUCGAACGCCUGUGCGGCAGUGCCAUCAUGAACCUCAUCGGGGUUUCGAUGAAAAAAGAUACACUGCCGCAGACACCGGCGGCCAAACAGUUGGCGAAUCUCUUCUACCAGCACCGGCAACAGCUCGGCCCUCAGCCAUCAGCCCAGCUCCGCUACCAUCGAGAUUAUCACCUAUGCAUACCUAUGAAG